AUGAAGGCCACUCAGAGUCGUCAGAAAUCCUAUGCAGAUAAGAGGAGGAGGCCGCUUGAGUUUGAGGCGGGUGAUCAUGUAUUUCUCCGUGUGACUCCCACAGCAGGCAUUGGGAGAGCUCUUCGAUCGAGGAAGUUGACUCCUCGAUUCAUAGGGCCAUACCAGAUCACGAGGCGAAUCGGACCGGCUGCAUAUGAGGUUGCUUUGCCACCACACAUGGCAAACUUACAUAACGUUUUCCAUGUGUCGCAACUGAGGAAAUACAUAGCAGAUCCUACGCACAUUCUGGAGGAGGAUGAUGUACAAAUACGAGAGGACUUGACCGUUGAUGCCGGAACAGUGAGAAUCUUGGAUUCUCAAGUAAAGCAGCUCAAAGGGAAGGACAUCAGAACGGUGAAGGUGUUAUGGGAUGAGGCAACUCAGAAAAUGACACAGGAGAUGGAAAACGCCAUGAGGCGGUCUUAUCCUCAUUUGUUCUCUGUGACCAAGGGUUUAGGGUUGAACAAUUGGGGUUUUGAUGCCGUGAGUAUUGCCAGUGAUUGA